AAUAGUUACGGUGACAAUGUCUUAUUUAACUCAUAUUUCGUUAUUUGUUAUUGUUGUACUACAAUACAUUUCAGCUUCGGUGAUAGAAAACCGGGUACGAGGUGGCAAUGCAUUUGAUGUUACGAAACAUAGACAUCUUGUUGAACUUAUAAUUAUCAAUACACACAAUAAUUUUGACAAGGUUAUUUUAUGCAGCGCAUCUAUACUAAGUGCCCGAUGGAUUAUCAGUUCAGCACAUUGCUUUGAAGACGACGUGGACUACGUCGGUGUUCACCAACAAGGCUCACUAAAUCGAAUAGCGAUUUCAAUGCAUAUUGAAGUUCAUCCUGAGUACAUCCAAGGCGUAAUUAAUUAUAGCAAUAGUGCAAAAGACCUGGCACUUAUAAGGACAAAAUCACAUAUAAAUUUGAAUGAUUGUACUACGUGGCCAAUUCGACUGCUCAGCAGUCCUGUCAGUUUUGGAUCUGUGGCAACUAUUGCGGGUUAUGGAGAUGCCGAGCCCGGAUUAGCAACGCCUAGAGAAGGUAAUGUCACUAUCUGUAGAUGUGAGAAUGCCAGGGAUGAAAGUGUUCUAUGCACGUACUCUAAUGUGAGGGCGGAUCAAGGAGAUUCAGGUGGCUCCCUAGUUCACGACGACACAUUGAUAGGUGUUACGAGCGGCGUUUUAGAACAUAAAACGGUGUAUACAGAUGUGUUCAAAAAUUUGAAUUGGAUUAAACGUGUGUUGGCGAAGCGAUACUAAUAAAAAAAAAAACGAAAU